AUGCCACGAUCUCCAACAAACACCCUCAUAAUAACCAACUUGAGUGACCACCUACUACAAAACCCCCAUGAGUUGAUUGAGUUUAUAUCUGGUACUCACAAUUUAGUCCAGCUAAUAGUGUUGCCCAAGUUUGGCCGGUUUAUACUCAUUUGUGAAUCGAGCCGAGUGGCUCAAUCGAUGAAAGAUUUGUUAGCGCAUGAUCCUAAAUGGAAGACCCUUCGGAUAUCAUAUAGCAUAAAGGACAACCGGUUUGAGCUUAACAAACAGGACUUACUCGAUGCUACAGCAGGAGAAGAUUAUUCUCAGGUGAAUUAUUUGGAACUCCCGCAUGAUUUAAACCUGAAGCGAUUUUUGAUCAGUCCCCCAAUGAGCCCUCAUGAUUGGGACCACUGGGACAAGCUCGAAGAAGGGCCAAAUGAAAAGGCAAUCUAUUCACCCGAAGAUUUAUCGAGUCUAUUGUGGGAGCGCUUAGGUGGCAACAUGGUGAGAAAGUAUCAAGACGACUCAAAUCAAGUGAGAGAAGAAGUAUUGUAUAAUGAAGAGGGUGUUCCAGCGAUUGUGUUGGAUAAAUCGGAGAACGAGGUAUUAGAGGAAAAGCUUCCCAAAACAAGCAUGCCGACCGAUGAUGGUUUUUGA